AUGGCGGCCACUACAGUGGAUUCAAUACAGGUAGACGUGCCCAACAGCGAUGAGCUUAACAUCAAAAAACAGCACGAUGCUGGCGCUGUCGACGUCGAGGCCGUCGAGCUCGAAAAGACAUACUUCAGCAAGCUGUCCGUGUGGCUCAUGAUCCUCUUCUCGGGCCUGGCCAUCGGCUCCGACGGCUACAACGCCGCCGUCAUCGGCAACCUGCAGCUCAUCCUCGUCCUCAUCUACCCCGAGGCCUUAACCAAGGACAUCCGGCAGCGCCUCUCCAACGCCUUCCUGGUCGGCAUGAUCGCCGGCAUGCUCCUCUUCGGCGCCGUGGCCGACCAGCUGGGCCGCAAGACGGGCGCCGUCGCCACCACGGCCAUCCUCGUCGUCGGCAUCGCCCUCUCGGCCGGCGUGACGGGGCCCGACCCCGCGGGCCUCUUCUGGAUGCUCAUCGUGGCCCGCGGCGUCGCCGGCGUCGGCGCGGGCGGCGAGUACCCCGUCGCCGGCGCGGGCGCCGCCGAGGCCACCGACGAGACGGCCGCGCACCGCCGCCGCCGCGGCUUCAUGUUCGCCAUGCUCGCCGACCUGUCGGCCAGCCUCAGCUACGUGGGGCCGGCCUGGGCCACAAUGUACGGCGUGGUCUGGCGCGUGUCCUUUGCGCUGGGCGCCGCCCCGCCGCUCGUCAUCUUUUGGUUCCGCGUCCGCAUGGCCGUGUCGACGGCGUACCGCAGGUCGGCCAUGCGGCGGCAGCGGACGCCAUACGCGCUCGCGCUGCGCCGCCACUGGCGCCCGCUGCUGGGCUGCUCGGCCACGUGGUUCCUGUACAACUGGAUCAGCAUUCCGUUCGGCAUCUUCAGCGCGACGGUCGUCUCGCGGUUCAAUACGGGCGGGAGCCUCGUCGAGACGCUGGGGUGGGGCGUCGCCAUCAACUGCUUCUACCUCCCGGGCCCCUUUAUCGGCGGCUACCUGUCGGACAAGAUCGGGCGCCGCAAGACCAUGGCGCUGGGGUUUGGGCUGCAGGCCGUGCUGGGCUUCGUGCUGGGCGGGGCGGCCGAGUCCAUCCAGUCCGUGUUCCCGCUGUUUGUGGUCAUGUACGGCGUGUUCCUGACGCUUGGUGAGGUCGGCCCGGGGAGCACCGUGGUCAUCACAUCUACCGAAUGCUUCCCGACUUCGAUCCGCGGCCAGAUGAUGGGCCUCGUCGCGGCGUGGUCCAAGGCGGGUGCCGCCAUCGGGACCGAGGUAUUCACCGCAAUCCUCAACGCGUACGCCGACGACCCCGCCCAGGGAAACAAGACGGCGUUCCUGAUCGCGUCUGGCUUUGCCGUGAUGGGUGCCCUGAUUGCGCUCUUUGUCAUCCCAGAAGCCUCGCGCAGCCUGGACGACCAGGACCGCGAGUGGAAAAAGUACCUGGCCGAGAACGGGUGGGAGGCAAAAUGGGGCGACGACACGACCCGAGACCCGAGCGGGGUUGUGCUUGGAACCGUCAGAUCCUAAAAAGCCGGAACAAUGUCUGCUGCCAUACAGGGCC